AUGGUUGGCCGGAAGAUGAUGAUAAAGUCUGACAUAAGAGCACAAUGCCUGGAGACCUCCAAAAUUGGUGUGGAGUACAAGCAGAAAUCAGAUGGGCCUACACCAGAAUUGGUAGAAGUUGGCCAAAGAAGCACAAUCAGCACAGUUGAACGUGCCAACUGCCUGGACACACAUAUGCCUUCAAGGUCCCAGUGCUGGUCCUCCAGAGUUCAGCCUUUCUGCGUGGUGCCAGCUUUCGUCAAGCCAUCUCCUGGGAUUUUGAUUUCAGAUCCACCUCUGGACCUGGAUCUGAGGUUCCUGCUGCUUCUUGCCGGACAGGGGCUGCACCGACCCUUCUUGCAGGUCCACUGUGAGAGCAAAAGGUCAUACCACCUUCCCACUUUGGUCUUUAUAUCAGUGGAGAUGGAGACGGCCCUGGAAGACCUCCAAGCCGGAGCUAGCUGUUUCCUCUGUAACGACUACUUGAAGAACCCAGUGACCAUUAACUGUGGCCACAACUUCUGUUUCUCUUGCAUCAACAAGUUCUGGGAGGACCUAAAGGAUAUUUUUCCCUGCCCUAUUUGUCGAAUGUGCUUUCCAGGAAAGAAAUUCAGGAGGAACACCCAACUGGGUAAUUUGACUGAAGCUGCUAAGCUGCUCCAGAAAAGAAGAAGCAAGAGGAGGAAGCAGAAAGAAAAGGUUGUUUGUAAAAAGCAUAAUCUAGUGUUGGCCUUUUUCUGCCAGCAAGACCUGGAGGUUUUAUGCUCACAGUGCAGCUUCUCCUCCGACCACAAGAAACAUCACAUCUGGCCUGUCGAGAGGGCUGCUCCCUAUUAUAAGAAAAGAUUGGAGCAGUGCAUUGAGUCAUGGAAGAAAAAAGUGAGACGACUAGAAAAAGUCAGGAUUAUACAAACCAGAAGAGCCUUGGAGUUGAAAAAACAGGUAGAACAUGCAAGAGACGAAAUAGAGUCUGAAUGUGAGCGGCUUAAAUUCUGUCUUCAAAAUGAGCGAGAAACUCUUCUUCAGCAGUUAGAAGAGGAGGAAAUGGCUUUUGAGACCAAACUGCGUGAAACCCGAACACAGUGUUCCGAGUAUACCUCGACAUUAAAACGUCUGUUACAGGGCAUAAAGAGCAAAUCAGCCCUGGCAUUACUGACAGACGUUAACUGGAUCUAUCAUGCCUAUCAAAACUUAAAGUCCCCUGAGCCUUUUUCACUCCAGUUAAAGGAAUACAGUUACCAUUUGCCACCCCAGUAUUCUGGUCUAAACAGAGUCAUUGAGCGAUUUGAGGUAGAUGUGUUUCUAGAUCCAGAAACAGCACAUCAUGAUCUGACUGUCUCAGAAGAUAGGAAAACGGUUCGAUAUGGAAGAACACGGCAAAAGUCAACUCAUAGCCCAUGGAGAUUCUACCUCUUCCCAGCUGUUCUGGGUUCCAAGGGUUAUAAUGCUGGCAGGCACUACUGGCAGGUGGAAGUGAAGGACAAAGUUGGGUGGAUUGUGGGUGUCUGUAAAGAGACUUUUCUCGGGAGGAAUCAAGCACCGAAUCAAGCUUUUUCAGUACAAGAUGGAUUAUGGGGUAUUGGACGACGGGAUGUGGAUGAUUAUGUUGCGUUAGGGCCUCAAAAAAUCGAUCUCUUCCCAGUCGUAAUGCCUACAAAGAUUGGUAUUUUUUUAGACUGUGAUUUGGGUGAAGUUUCCUUUUACAAUUUGAGUGACAAAUCUCAUCUGUAUACCUUUAAAGUUUGUUUUCUGGAUGCAGUUUGGCCUUAUUUCUAUACUGGAACUGACCCCCAACCUCUGAGGAUAUGUCCAGCAAGAGAUUCUGAAUAA